AUGAAUUAAGUUAAAAAAGAUGAUUAUGAGUAGUCUCGAAUUGGAGUGGCAUUUGGAGAUGAAUUUGAAUAAGGUCCAGUUUCUUUUAGGUAAUAGUUUGAGUAUCAAAUUGAGAGCUGAAGCACACUUUAAUGAAAAAAAGGCAAUGGAUUAAUAUGAUACACUUAAGAAUUUACUUGGAGAUCAUAUUGAUAUUGAUUGGGCUUUAGUUUGUUUUCUCAGGUAUUAACCUGGUAAAAAGGAGGCUUUGAUUGAAUCAAUUACAAAAAUAAAGAAUAGACGUACAAAGUUAUAUUAAAUUAUUAGCUCGUUUUGAAGCUUUCGAAUGUAAAAUCCAUUCAGAUGAAACAUAUGUUUAUUUCUCUGUGAAACUUAGAGAAGAUGAAGAAAGUUAAUUAAAAGGUAGUCUAGAGGUGAUUUUAGAAAAUGGUAAUUUAUUUUAGUAACUUAAGGAUUAAGAGAAAUGAUUAAGACUUAAGAUAACUUUCUAACCUUUGAAUUUGAUGCAAACUAUGACUUUCAAUAAUUAGUAGAAGCUGUAUCUAAAGGAGAGAGAGUUGGAGCAGCUUGUUUGAGACAAAUUAGGUAAAUUAUAUUUAUAAACUAAGGGCUGAAUUGAACUUGUUUUUGACAAAAAACUUCUAUUAAGGAAUUGAAAAAUUUGUAGAUGGAAUAGAUAAAGAAGCAUUAGAAUCUCCUCCUUUGGCAUUUCUAAAACAUUUUAAGAAUUUAGAUAUGGAUUUAAGAUUUAGAUCAACUGAUGAAUUGCCAUAAGUUAUCAAGAAUUAGAUGAUCUUUGGAGAGGAAUUUUAGACAUUAGCAGAAGAAGAAUUAUAAUUACCUAUAAAUCGUACGAAAUAAGUCAAUGCUAUUAUGGAAGUAGUUAACAAUCAUUUAUUUAGGCAGCUGCAGAUAAUGGAUUCAUUUAUUUCACUAUUUAAGAUUUAUGUGCUGUUAAAAUAGAAUCACACACGCCAAAAUUAUCAUCUUUUUUAACAAAAUAUGGAAAGUAUUUGGCAAAAUUAGUAGGAUUAGGAGAAUUUGUUCCAGAAGUAUGA